CAAUAUGAAUUUGGAUAAUUUGACUGAUAAAGCGCAAGAGGCUAUUCAAGCAUCACACGAGCUCGCGUUGGAGAAUGGACACUCACAGUUGACUCCACUCCACUUGGCCGCAGCUUUAUUUACAGAAGAUCAUGGUCUUGCCAGCUCUGUCGCUACUAAAGCAAAAGCUGACCCUGUAAACGUACGUAGAGAGUUGCAGAAAGCUGUUAUAAGGCUUCCUUCUCAAGAUCCCCCACCAACCACUGUACCACCCUCGCAGUCUUUCCUUAAAGUUAUAAGAGAUGCACAAUCUUUACGUAAGAAGCAGGGUGACACUCAUCUGGCAGUGGACCACUUGUUAAUAGCUCUUUGUGAUGAUAAGGACGUUAUUGCUUGUUUUUCCUCAGCAGAUCUGACAAAGCAUGCGCUGGAAGAAGCCGUCAAGAGCGUACGAGGUAAUCGAAAGGUUGACUCCAAAGCAGCUGACUCCACUUACGACGCUCUCAAUCAAUACGCCCAAGAUUUUGUAGCACUUGCCGAAGAGGGCAAGCUGGAUCCAGUGAUAGGUCGGGAUGACGAAAUAAGAAGGGUGAUACGAGUGUUGUGUAGACGUAGAAAGAACAACCCUGUUCUUAUUGGAGACCCUGGUGUAGGUAAAACUGCCAUUGUGGAAGGUCUUGCCCAACGUAUUGUAAGAGGAGAUGUUCCAGAGAACUUGAACUGCCGUUUAUAUGCAUUGGAUAUGGGAGCUUUGGUAGCUGGAGCAAAAUAUCGAGGUGAAUUUGAGGAAAGACUCAAGGCAGUUCUUCGAGAAGUGAAAGAGGGAGAAGGAAAGAUUAUUCUGUUUAUUGAUGAGUUACAUCUAGUUUUAGGUGCUGGAAAAUCAGAUGGCGCGAUGGAUGCAGCUAAUUUGUUAAAGCCGAUGUUGGCAAGGGGAGAAUUACGUUGUAUCGGAGCAACUACUUUGGAAGAAUAUCGAAAAUAUGUUGAAAAGGAUGCAGCAUUUGAGAGACGAUUUCAACAAGUGUUUGUGAGUGAGCCGAGUGUUCCGGACACUGUCAGUAUUCUUAGAGGUUUGAAGGAGCGAUAUGAAGUGCAUCAUGGAGUCCGCAUUUUAGACUCUGCUCUAGUUGCAGCUGCCAAACUUUCUGCUAGAUAUAUUACCAACCGUUUUUUACCAGACAAGGCUAUUGAUCUCGUAGAUGAAGCUUGUGCAAACGUGAGAAUGCAGUUAGAUUCCCAACCCGAGGUCAUUGAUACUCUAGAGCAUCGUAAACUUCAGUUAGAAAUUGAAAUUGCUGCUCUUGAGAAGGAAAAAGAUGAAGCCAGUCGUGCAAGAUUAGCGGCAGUAAAAGAAGAGUUGGAUAAUGUCAAUGAGAAGUUGAGGCCACUGAAAGCCCGAUUUGAGUCUGAAAGAGGGAAGAUGAAUGAACUGAAAGAUAUGAUGACCAAACUGGAUGCAUUAAAGAUCAAGCUUGCUGAUGCUGAACGUCGUCGAGAUACUGUUCAAGCAGCAGAUUUGAGAUAUUAUGCUAUUCCAGAAAUAGAGGAAAGGAUUCGCUCAUUAAAGAAUGAAAUAGAUAAGGAGAAGGAAACUGACGCUAUGGAAACCGAUGAAGAAAGUGGUAAAUUAUUAUCUGAUGUGGUUGGUUAUGAACAAAUAGCAGAUGUUGUUAGUAGAUGGACUGGCAUUCCUACGACAAAGCUGUCACAGAGUGAUGCAGAACGACUUUUAUCACUUUCUGCUUCUUUGCAUCAAAGAAUCAUUGGUCAAGAUGAGGCAGUGGAUGCUGUAGCAGCAGCAGUUCUUAGGUCGAGAGCUGGAGUUUCUCGUCCUACCCAACCAUUAGGUUCCUUUUUGUUUUUAGGUCCAACUGGUGUUGGUAAGACAGAGUUGGCAAAAGCAUUGGCAGCAGAAUUAUUUGAUGAUGAGAAACAUGUUGUACGUAUUGAUUGUUCAGAAUAUAUGGAACAACAUUCAGUUUCUCGUCUCAUUGGUGCACCUCCUGGUUAUGUGGGCUAUGAAGAAGGUGGUCAAUUAACUGAAGCAGUGUUGAGACGACCUUACAAUGUCGUUUUAUUUGAUGAAGUGGAAAAGGCUCAUCGUAAUGUAAUGAACGUAUUGCUUCAAGUGUUGGACGAUGGGCGUCUGACAGACAAUCAAGGAAGAACCAUAGAUUUCACCAAUACAGUUAUUAUAUUGACAAGUAACUUGGGAGCUCAAUUUUUGAUGAAUAUUGGUUCCAAGGGACCGGCAGAACUUUCAGAAGGGUCAGAUCACGAGGGAACUCCCGUUGUUUCUAUUCCUAAAGAAGCAACUAUUGACAAUCGAACAAGAGAAGCCGUAAUGAGGGAAGUGAAACUGCAUUUUCGUCCAGAGUUUCUCAAUCGUCUGGAUGAUAUUGUUAUCUUUAAGCCUCUUGCUCUAGACGAGUUGAGGCAAAUUGUUCGAUUGCAGUUAGAUCAAGUUGCAAAGAGAUUGGAGGAGAGGGAUAUCACAGUAUCUAUGGAUAAUCGUGCUGCCGACUACAUUUUACGAGAAGCUUACGACCCAAGUUUUGGUGCACGACCUAUUCGUAGAUAUCUUGAGAAGCAUGUUGCAACAGAGCUUAGUAUACGGUUGAUCAAGGGACUGUUGACUAAUCACUCACAUGUACAAGUAACACGUGCGACUGAAGGUAGUGGCCUGGCUUUUCAGGUGACUCCCAAGAAGAGAAGUGCCACGGACAUGGGAAAUGGUUCAGUGUAUAAUAAGCAAGGUAUUGUAGAAGAACCCGAUGAAGAAGAUAUGUAAUUAUAUUUGUGAAUAAAAAAAUUGGUAAAUAUUUGAUAUAAGAUGUUCAACA